AUGUUGCUAUAUGUAUUCUUUUUACCUAUAAUUUGUGCUAUUGAAGUUCAAAUUAACCCUCAGAAAAGCUCAAUUGAGCUUGAAGUUGGUGCACAACUCAGUUUGCUCUGUAAAGUGACUGGUCUUUCGCCUGAAGUGAAGCCGGGGAUUACAUGGAGUCGACACAAAGGAUUGCCAAACAGAGACAAUGUAAAAGUCUCUCGUUUGGAUAAUGCCACUCUUUCUCUUGUGAUUGACAGAACGAUUGCAAGAGAUUCGGGUGUUUACACUUGCAACGCAAUCAUUGAUGGAGAAUCGGCUAACAAAAGUGUUGAUGUUCAUGUUUUUGGAACAAAUGGAGGAAACAGUUUGUUCGCGGAACACGGACAUUUGAAAACAGUGAAAAUCGGUCAUUUGACCGAAGGAAAGAGCCUUGAUCUCUCGUGUGAAACUAUUCCCGGAGUCACGCCACACAAGACAGUUUGGUCGAGACACGAACUCUUUUUUGAUCGGCUUGAACAAGCCCAGAGUCAGACCAACUGGGUUCUUUUGAAGGGAGGCUCUGUGCUCAGAAUCAAAAACUACAAUGCAAAGAUUGAUAACGGCCGUUAUGAUUGUGGAGUGACUCCAAAAGAUCAAUCAACUGAGACAACCUGGAGAUCUUUUUACAUUGGGCCAACAGAGAACGAGAAAUCGAGUUUCUCAAUCUGUCGCCAGAUCUGUCAAGACACAUGUAACAACGUCAUCUCUGGAAUCUUGGAUAAAAACAUU